AUCCGUAAGAGUAUGUGGAAUGCAUUGGAUCGCAAAUUAAAAUCACGAUGUUUAAGCUGGAAUCGUAUAUAACACCAGUGAUUCUUAGUUAUGUUGAAAAGUAUGUGAAAAAUUUUAAACCGGAACAAUCUCAGGUUUCUUUAUGGGGUGGCGAUGCAUCGUUUCAAAAUCUUGAUCUACGAUUAGAAGUUUUGGAAGAACAACUUAAUCUCCCUUUUGUUUUUGUCAGCGGUCAUAUACAUGAAUUACUUAUUCAUGUUCCUUGGGUAAAAAUUACUUCAGAACCCAUUGUCAUUACAAUAAAUACAAUAGAAUGCAUUUUAAAAUUAAAAGAUGAUACUAAGGUGGAAGCCAGUACUUCUGUAUUACAGAAGAGGCUGGAAUUGCCACAGGAAGAAGCACCACCUGGGUACAUAAAAAGCAUAGUAACCAAAGUCGUAAAUAACAUAACGAUCAAUUGUAAUAAUCUAAUUCUAAAAUAUGUGGAGGAAGAUAUUGUUCUUAGCGUUAAUGUCAGAUUUUUAAGUAUGCAAACUGUUGAUAAAUGGCAACCAGCAUUUACCGAUGUUAAUCCAUACGAAGUUAUGCUUAGAAAAGUUAUUACUAUUCAGGACCUAACUUUAUGUUUAGACAAAAUGGACGCUUCUGGAAAAAUAGAAAUAUAUCAGGAUCCUGUUCUAUACCGAUGUUCUGUUAUAAUACGUAUGAUCAUAAACUACCAUAGCAACACUGCAAGACAAGCCUCUAUUACACGUUUGGAUCUUCAUUGCCAAAAAAUGGAAUUUAGCAUAACGGAACAACAAAUACCAAUGCUGCUUAGACUAGCUGCGCUGAUAAUGGCAUUGCAAACAAAACAAUUUCCAUCUAGUAGAGAAAAGUCUUUAAUUUCUGUAGAGGAAAGAGAAGACACUGCACAAGAUGAAAUUAGCAUGUUCCACUUACAUGAUCAUGGAAGUGGAAUUGCCGCAGACAAUACUGGGUGGGGUGGAUGGGCUUGGAACAUGGUAUCAUCUUUGUUACCUAUCGAUUGGGACAACGAUUGGUCUACGGAACAACAAAUGGCUUAUUCUGGACAUACUAUUCAUUUAGGCAUAUACGUGCAAGAUACCACCUUAACUUUUAAGACAGUUGAAAAUAUUAAAGAGCAAUUAUUUUAUAAAUCCCGCAAGCUCAGAUAUAAAUCGUUCUUAACAUUGCGAUUAAAUGGCGUGGUGGUAGACACGUUGAUUCAAGGAAUUUCAAUGACUAGUUUUCAAAUUGGAAUGGGUUGUAUACGCAUAUACCCAAGAGGGACGUGUAGCUGCGGGCAUCUUGAAGUAGUUGAUGGAGCACAACCACCUUUGUAUCUAAUAGCUGGAAAGUUAAACACUGAUUAUUUAAAAGAUUCAUUAUUCGAUGAUGAAUCUGUAGAAAACAAAGGAAAGAAGAGAGAUUACAAACAAGGAAUAUAUUAUUAUCUAAAUACAGUUUCGGAGGAACGAUUAAUAGAAAGAUGUCCCGCAUUUGCUAUGGAUUACGUUCAUUGCGUUGAAUUACCAGAUGAUAUUACCCCUGAGAAACUAGCAGAAUUUGGUUCUAAUUUUGAAUACAGCAAUUUUCACGAACGCAGAGUGAUGAGGUAUAUCAUUGGUGAUUUAACUAUUAGAUUAUGUUCAGGUGUUUUUCAUCGUAUCGACACAAUAAAGCAAGCUGCAGCCAAUUACGAUUAUAAUCCAUACCUUGUCACAAAACCAGAUCCACUUGUAGACGAACUUCCACCAGUUACGUUAGAAGAAUAUGAAGCUCUGCGAGAGAAUGUAUCUAUGGUCGAAACAAAAUUAAUGGUAAUGAGAGCAUCUCUACAAUUACAAUUAGCAGAUCACUCUAUUACUGGACUACCACGACAGCGGAAGAUCGUUGAAAGUCGAACGACGCCUUUAACACCUGCUCUUACGGACGACCCUUUCAUGAGUAUCGAAUGUGAUGAAGCAAUAGUAACUAUGCUCCAACCUUUAUAUCCAUUUAGACUUGCAGCAUGCGCAUCAAAGCAAACCGAUCUUUCAACAGAAAUGUUUAACCAAUGUCAUAAGAUUAUUACGCUGCAGGUAAACGGAGCAAGAAGUCAACUUUAUUUAGUAAAAAAUUGCCACACAUCAAUAAUAAUGCCUUACUCGGUUGAAUGUGAAGCAAAGAAAUUGUUGUAUCCACAAUAUUGGAGGAAUGUUGAUUUAAUACAUGAAACAUAUUCAAUACAUGUGGACAGUAUUACAAUUACUGGGACGAAAGCAAAAUUAAUGGUUGCGGCGUCCAUAUUAACUUCAGUAUUCAAUCCCACUGAUAUAACAAAUCCUCUUGUAUGUUCUUCGUUAUUUACAGAUGCCUGUCAAGAAAUCAAUCCUAUAUAUUUGGAGUUGUUAUUGGAAAAUAUAAAUAGUAAAAAAUUAUCAUCGUUGGUUACAGUUUCAAAUGAAAUAAAUAUAAGUUCUGUGAAAAUGUUUGCUUUGAAUGAGUUACAGCAGGCUUUUAUAUUCUCAGGUCCAGAAAGUAAUAUUCAUGGUGAUAUAGAAAACAAACCACUGUUAACAACUGUGAUACAGUUUCCAAAAAAUGUCGAGAAACAAACACAUCCACCUCUUAUCUCGCUUCAGAUGGCAGACAUCAGAGCUUCGCUCGAUCCAUUACUUUUUAAGUGGCUGGAGUAUCGUGUUACGUAUUAUAAUUUAGGUACAUUGUGUACAACACGGCCUGAAGCGCAACAACAUUUCGAGGGUGCAUCAUCCGAUACCGGUACGAAAAAGAAGACGUUUCCCAGUUUGCACGAAAGUGUGCACAGUUCUUCGGACAAAGAAAAAAGAAAAUCGGUUGUGACAACAGAGAAGUCGAAAACUCUACAAAACGAUGAAGUUCAAAAGAAACACGAUUUUAAAAUUGAAGGUGAAAGACAGAACUUACAGAAUUUGGGAAUAUUGGCCAGAUUAGCAGAACUGUAUCCAUGGUGGUGUGGUCUUGUGCUAAGUGGUUGUGUCGGACAUAUUGUUAUUUACAUACCGUCAACCACAAUGAGUGGCAUUGGUGCAUAUGGUAUAGAAGAAGCAAAGGAUAGAGCUUUAAAAUCCGAUAAUAAUUUACAAAUGUUGAUAAUAAAGUUACCCACUCUUCUCGUUCAUUCAUCUAAUAUAAAUUUUGAAUUGUUGACACCUUAUCUUCAAGAGCUGCCUGUUAAGUUACCAAAAUCAAUGUGGACGAAUAAAUUACAGAGUUUUCCAUGGACAUUGAGUCUUGUUGAAUUUCAUUGUUAUAUGUUACAUCAACAGACCCAAAAGAAUUUCAUUAAAAAAGUGUCAUUGAAUGCUACAGUUGCUCUUACAACCAAAGUCACAACAUCCCAAUCAGGAGGAGGGAACACAUUGACUGGUUUAGGUGUUUGCGUUCACAUCGACAAUUCUCCUAUUAUCAUUUCUAUCUCCGAAGAACAGGUAGUUUUCGUGAACAAAAUAAUUUCAAACGUGUUAAGCGUAUUGCGAGUUUCAGCCAGUUCGAACAAAAAUGUUGUGGCUAGUAAUCAAAUAAACACAGAAGCACAAAUAGUUUUGCCUAUCAUACCACAAACUCCAUCUACUCCAACGCAAUUACUUUACCCCGAAGAUACAACUACAAACUCAACUGUUUCCACCUCAAAAGAUGACAUUACGCAAGAAACGGAUGAAUUAGUUUUAUCGGCAUGGAUCCAAUGGACUAUAACAAAGAUAGCAGUUAAAUUAUAUGUCACGGAAAAAGAAAAUGCUUCAUCGUUAAAAUUGGUCCUCGAAUUAGAAGAUAUUAUUACUUCUUUGGACUUACAACCUGUCUAUCUUAAAUUGAAAAGUAAAAUUACAACAGCCACCAUAUUCCAUUACACUAGAGCACUGAAUUCGCCGACUUGGGAUAUCGGUGAGUAUGUAGGCGCGAUACUUUGUGGAAGGGAGGAUAGUUCAGAGAAAGAUGAUGAUUCCGGGUUUCUAAGUUUCACCCUCACUAGAGCAAAGUCAGGAAACGUUCAUACACGAUGGGGUACCUAUAAACGACACAGAACUCAGAAGAAAGAUGUAAUGACAGAAGCUACAUUAUCUGCUAAUAGCUAUAUUUCGGAAGUAGUUGUGAAAAUGCAAAUGGUGGAUGUAAUUCUUCCGCUUACUAUAGUCAGCAAAUAUAUACAACUAUUAAAGCCGUUUACUUUUUUCUAUCAAUCGUCUGAGAAAGAUUCAGCUGAAACUUUCGAACAAAAUUUAACACCACAUUUAGCCAGCGUUGCUAGUCUUGAUAACGAGUCUUUACCAUUGAUAUAUCUGGAUUUCAAAGGGCUUAGAUUAAUGUUGCCAGCCUCGAAUAUAAUGAAAUUCAAACCGCAACAUGAUCUAUUGAUGCUUCAGUUCGAUGGAAUUCGCAUCACGCCUCACGCGGAAAAUCCAAUUUGUAGAACUCCUUUGAGAUUAGAUAUAUAUCAACUGGCGGCUCAGGCAAAUAUUUUAAGCAUACCAGGUUCCGCUGUAGAAGAUCGACAAUAUCAAAUUAAUAUAAAAAGCAUAUGUGCUCAUACGACUACUUGGAAAAAUUAUCAAAUGAGUAUCAACAAGAAAAUGUCGCAAUCUUAUCUUUAUACUAUGAAUGAAAAUCCUGCAUUAGAAUGGAACAAACUUGGCCACGGGAGUAGUUUGGAACAACAGUUUUCCAUGUUACCUUUAUUAUCAAAGUUUGAUUUGUGCUUGAUUAUUGCUCCACCCGUUUUAUUUAAACCGGAUAUAACAGUGUGUGGAAGUGCCGUUGAAGUGAAUUGUAUCAUGGAUAUCGAAGUGACAAUAAAUUUAGAUCAAAUUCAGUUAAUUUCAAUCUUAAAUAAUGAAUUAAAGAACUUGUUUCUGGGAAAUUUUGAACAACACAAAAAUGCAACUGCAUCCACUAAUACACCUCAUAAAAGUUCAUCGACUGUAGGAAGUAUGAAACAAAUUACUUGGACGAAGCAAUCUUCCGACGAUGUCGAUGUUGAUUUUACGAAGGAUAGCGGCAUUGACUUUGAAACAUCUAGCGUGAAUUCGACGAUUAUAGGUAAGCCUACGCAUCAAGAGACUUCUAUACUUUUGCCGUUUGAAUUUUUAGUAAAUUGUGGCAAAAUAACAUUUGUACUUUACGAUAUCCAAAAAGCAAGUACAGAAUACGAAGUUGACAUAAAUGAAAUUGAAGAGGAUGAGAGUGAAACUCAGAAACAACCGCUAUUUUACAUAAUGGUCAAUCAACCAAAUAUUUAUUUUUCACAACAGCAUCCGUUGCAAAAAAUUCAAAUAUCGUGUUUUGAUAUGUCCAUGGCACUGGGAGAAAAGGAAAAUCAAGAAUUAAUUUCAAUACCAACAGAAAAGAAUUUCAAAGUUCUCAUGAUCGAAACGAAAAAUGGCGAUCUACAUCCAGACACAGGCAUUCCCCCAUCUUUUGUGACAAUGAAAUAUGAGAGAACUUUAGGAAAAAAUCCGCAAUUCUCAAUAGAUAUGGGUAGACCUACAAAAGUUUAUUUCUCUUUGUCAAGACUAAACCAGAUAUAUGCUAUGCAAAAGAAGAUAUUAUCGUGUUUUAUGCAUCUACACGAAACAACAUCAACGGAACAGUUUAACGAUACAAAGGUAUCCUCAGUAUCGAAACCAAGAAAAUUGAAUUGGCCUGAUUUAAAUAUAUGUACAAAGCAAAUAGUAUUGUCUCUCAAGACUGAUUCUGGCGCAGAAAUAAUAAUUAGUUUAGCUUUAUUAUCCGGAAGUAUUUCGACUCUUCUUAGGCCUGAUAGAAUAUACUCGAACACUGCCAUAGAUUCUUUAAUCGUAUCAGCAAUUCUCAAUGAAUGUAUAAAGGUUUUCUUAAAUCCAUGGUGUUGCAAUAUUACGGUUUGUUUGCUUUGGGAGCCUUGGCAAAAUGCUGACUCUGUUACCCAAGUACAAAUACAGGCAGACAGCGAUGGUCUUUAUUUAGACUUCGGACCAGAGCACCUAAAAAUUCUAAAGAACGUUAUGGACGACUGUCAAUUGCUGUUAAAUGAAUUGACAACGUCCCCAUCAAAAUGUAAAACUAAUGAGAAACAAAUUGUACUGUCUACCGAGCAACAUUAUAAAGAUGAUCUUAAAGCAGGCGCAUUUCAAUUUGUGAACGGUAAUGCAGACGAACUACCUUUCCCAUAUCAAGUAAUAUUUUUUACCUACCCUCAACAAUCAAUGGCUUGGAGAUAUCCACAACCAAGGACGUUGACACGAAUACAUGUAUCACCAGUUCCCUUCGAAACAUUGGAUUCUGAUAGUGCUUAUGUCGAUAAAGUACCUUGCGCUCUUGAGUAUUGGAGCGAUUGCCACAUGUCCUAUCAGCGUUACAUCGACUUUUAUUUGUCAGAGACAGAUUCGUACCGUUUAAAGCUGCCUGAAAAAGCCCCAGCACGAGCAGUUGCUUGCAUAUGGCGUGUAGUUUUAUUAUCGAUGAGUAAUCGACCACUUUCCAAAACGAUUAUUUCAGCUCGUGUUCUUGCAGCAUGCUUACGUAUUGAUUCGUACUUCAAUUCUUCGAUCAUACCGAAUCUACAAGCUGCACUUAAUAUCGGCACCAUACAUAUCUCCGUGUACAAUCAUGUUAACAACGACAUGUAUAAUCAUUUGCAACCACCGUUGAAACAAUAUACCCUGAAAGGUACGAUACCUGAAAUUCAAUGCUUCAUGGCCUUGGAGCACAAGGAAGCUAUCUUUGUACUUAACAGGUGGAUAGAUGGUUCGAUGUUGAUCGAUAUCAGUGGUAUAUUCAGUGUACACGUAUUAGAUUAUAGUCAUUUGAACAUGCAAGAAAUACUCGAUCCCUUGGAAGCAAGAUUUCAGCUGUCAUUGUCGGACAAAACAGAUGUAUCUUUAACAUGUAGUCCCUUCUCGUUGAAACUGGGACCGACGAUAGCACACUCGCUCGCUGUUUCGGCUCAUUUGUGGUUUGCAUUUUUAGAAGAGGAAAACAAAAAUAUGAUUUUAUUCACACGCUAUGUGAUAGCCAAUGACAGUAAUGUACAUAUUCUAUUUGGUCAAAGUGGUACGGGAGACAAUAUAUUGUUGGAAAGUAGACAAUGUACUUUUUACUCGUGGCGACAUAUCGGCAACAAGAUGAUACGAAUAGCGAUAGAAGAAAAUAUCUGGUUGUGGAGCAAACCAUUCUCCGUAGGCACGGAUGGUAUUCAAGCAAUCGAAUUUAACAAUUCUGCAACGAAAGCAGCGGCAUUUGUAAGCGUUACGUCGCUCUCUGCCACGCAAAAGCUCGUGACGUUCUCUGGCCAGCUUAUAAUCUCCAAUCAAUUGAUCGACAACUUUGAAAUGAAAUUGGUUAAGUACGAAUCUGACGUUGGAUCGAAGGUAAAUCUAUUAAAGGAUGUGUACCUAAUUUCUGGUAAAAGUUGCCCGCCAUCCAUUAUACUCGACGGGACUAAGAAAAUGGCAAUACGUUUACGGUUUACCACCGUGCCAAACCUGUCGUGGACAGGAGAUAUUCCCCUGCAACCUAAUGCUAAGUGGGGUCAACCGUGGCUAGUUAAAGUACCAUGGCAGGAACGUGGACAAUUUUUAAGCAUUUGGGUACGAAUAGUGACGCAGACCAUUCAGGACAGAACGAAGAUACUAGCUGUGCUCAGCCCACUUUAUAUGAUUCGAUCACACUUGCCAGUACCAGUCAGAGUGCAGAUGGAUACGCCCUCGUUGAAAAUAUCCCUAAGUACAAUGGUAAAUGGUUGUGGCGAACGACAACAAUUGUACUGCCCUGGAACGUUUGAACAUUUUCAUCAGUUGACGUUUCAAUUAGAAUCCGGAGUUUCUACAUCGAAUCCAUACGUACCGUUGUCGUAUAGUUCUGUGGAUCAACGAAAGUUCUUCAGGAGGCCUGAAACUGAAGAUAUCGAUAGUAUUCUAAAGGAUCUUAAUGGCGAAAGCGACGAGAUGGCAUGGCCUUUCCAGGGAGACGCGAUAGAGGAAUGGAUAUCUACGGAGCAACCACAAACACACGUGCAAGUAAAAUAUCAAGAUGCUGGAUUAGUCUCGAGCACAUUGCUGUUAGAAUUGCAACCUUGGUGUUUUAUGUUGAAUUCCAUGGGAUGUCACUUGUCUCUUGUGUCAGAAGAUACCGAACAUUGUCAAAUCCCUCAUUACGGUAUCGUAACGCCGCCAAAAUUGGAAGGUACGUUUCAUUUAUGUGUUGGCGUUGGUGACACGUUUUAUACAUCGCAAGCUCUUCAACUGGCACGACCCGAUUGGAGCCAAAGCUUUUACAUGCCACGAAUCGGUGGGCUGAUUCCUGUCGAUGGAAAUAUUAAAACGUGUGUCGAUUGCGGUUCAAGUGUCUCUAUCAUGAGCAUCAAUUCAAGUAUGCACGAAGAUAUGCGUCUCGUACGUAUAAGAAGCAGUCACGUUAUCAGUAAUUUAACGCCACAAGAAUUGUGCAUUGCUACAUUGGCGGUGCACGAAGAUGCAACCAGACUUGAACUGCCUAACGACCUCACCCUUUACAGCCUUAAUAUUUCACCUGUGGAAGAUCAGAAACAGGGCAUGCCUAUCACGCAAUGGUAUACUUUGUACAUGGAAGACAUCGUAGAGCCCCUUGUUCUUUACAUAUCUUUGAGUUUAGGACAUAAAUGGUCUUGUCCAAUUCGAGUCGAUCAAGGUAUGAGUCGCAAGUGUAUUGCUAUUCCAAAUGGCUCUAGUACUAUGCCAAUAGUCAUUACGACGCAAGAGGACAAAGGUACAACGUACAUAAUGAUUCACAUAGAUCAUCAUCCGCAAUUGCUAAUUGAAAAUACUUGCGCUUUCAAAAUUUUACUGGGGCAGGCCAAUGAAACAGCGGAUGAAGUACUACCAGAUACUUGUCACUUCACAUGGAUUUGCGAAAUCGAAAGCAACGCUACGUGCCAUUAUUCUAUCCCAUCUGUUAGUAACAGAUUACCAGAUGUACCUGUCCUAAACGCAUCGAAUGUAUUAUUAUUUUCUGCCGUAACGAACAAUCAUAAUGAGCAGCCAUCGAGAAACAGAGAUCUGCGAUGGUCCAGGGGUAUAAACCUGUCUUCGAUAUCAAGUGCACCGGUAGACCAGUAUGUACGACUACCAUCAUACGGUGAUGUAAAGCUGAUUAUGCAGAAUCGUUGUUAUACCACACUUAUCAGUAUUGUUCCCAUAUCACAAGUGGAAGUAUCAGCGCGAGAUAUUAGAAGUCGACUUGUACGCAAGGAGAAUGAUACGAAAGAUGUAGAAAUGCUAAACAGUACGUUUGCUGAUCAGACAGAGGACGAUAGAACAACGAUAAAUGUACAGAAUUCUGAUAGCUCAACGUCGAUAACGACUUUCUUCUCGGCUCAAGAUGACACUGCAAUGUUAGAAGUUACAUCUCCUUCGCAAAUAAAUUUGCGACAAUUAAUUACAAACAUAGACAAUGUAAAAACUAAUACGAUCGAUGACACAAAGGCCAUCGAAGAGAGCAAUUCUAAAGAGGGCUCAGCAACCGUUUGUCUUCGUGGAGUUACCAUUGUCCUUAUGCACGACAUGAAUGAAAAUGCACAAAGGAUCGAAGUCGCUAGUUUAUCCAUGACCGAUGUCAUAGUUACUGCAACUACAAGGUCUAAAAUCGUCAACUUAUGCACUUUUAUAGGUGAUUUACAAUUGGAUAAUCAAUUAUUUGAUCAAGGAGGUUUUGAUUUCCCAGUAGUGUUGAUAAGUCAAAGCCCACUCGUUACGAAAGGAGCGGGAUAUUAUAUAAACAAUUGUUUAAUAAAUAAGCUAGAACAAAUCAGAGAAAACUCUUUGAUAGCGAUUGAUUACGUUUUGGAGAAACAGGGAUAUUUAAGAGCAUCGAAAGAGCUUUAUUUAAAAAUUGCACCGAUUAGUGCCUACAUCGAAGAUACGUAUAUAGCUCAAUUAUUAACUUAUGCAACUUCAAUGGUACCACCAAGAUUUUUAAUACCAGAUGAUGUAAGAAAAACGCAGACGUUAAUUUCAACUACUGGAGUGUGCAUACCCGAUUACAUAAUGGUCGAUACAAAAAUAUUAAGUGCUCCGUUAAGGCUACAGAAUUUGAAAAUAGAACCCGUAUCUAUCUUACUAAGCGUUCAUACUUCUGUACGCUUAUACGUGGCUUUGGAUCAUUCACCCCUAUACUUUGGUACAUUUGAGAAAAAGAAUGUUUUGACAACACCGUACAGGCUUGGUAAUGCACUUACAAUGCAUUAUUUAUCUGGUGCGAUAUUUGGAGCAGGUUGGGUAGUCGGGUCUUUAGAGAUAUUAGGUUCGCCAGGAAGUUUGGCGCAAGCUCUUGGUUCGGGGCUUAGAGAUUUUAUUUCUCUUCCGUUUCAAGGUUUGUUGCAAGGACCAUGGGGGUUUAUCGUUGGAAUAACACACGGUUCAGCCAGUUUAAUGAGACACGUUACAGCAGGUACUCUAAAUUCCGUAACGAAAUUAGCGUCCAGCGUAGCACGAAAUUUAGAUCGUCUGACGCUCGAUGAAGAGCAUUUGCAAAGACAAGAGGAGUCUAGAAGAAUGCGACCUCAAGGCAUGGCGCAAGGACUUUAUCAAGGCUUAUCCGGCCUCGGGAUGAGCGUUCUCGCCGCGGUGGCUGGUCUUGCUCAUCAUCCCUUGCAACAAGUUUUGUCAGGAGAAAUGACAACCAAAAGUCUUGUAACUGGCGUUGGACUUGGAUUGGUAGGAGUGGUUACAAAACCAUUAAGCGGAGCUGCAGAAUUAGUUGCAUUGACUGGACAAGGGCUACUUCAGGGUGCUGGUUGGAAUUCAUUACCCUCGCCACGACAACGACCCGUGGUCCAAUAUACAACUGGCAAUAAUAGUGCAUCUAUCAGAUAUGCUUGGUGGUUGUUACCCUUGCUUGAAAAUAAUCAUGGCAAUAUUUUGCAUGUUACCAAUGCAGAUUAUGUGAUUCAACAAGGCAGUAAUCGUGCCAUAACAUUAGUUCUAACGAGGCAUGCACUAUUGCUAGUUAACGUGGCCGAAGAUAGUGUAGAGCGAAUAUUUUUAUUGAAAGACUUAACCAGUGCUGACCACCAUCUUGAUUCGACAAUAUGUUUGUACUGUACUCCUGAGACGACGCAAACAAACAGACCCGUAUCACCUGCCGCAUAUGAGAUGGAUCAAGAAAUGCGAGCACGAGUAGCGGAAUACGUGAGAACUAGUAGUACAGGGUUAGCCAGUGUCUCCACGAACAGUGAUGGACAAUCUGAUAUUUUUGAGAACGCUACACCUCAUUCAGACCGUACUCUUACAUUUUAUGUUUCUCCAGAUUCGCGUAAUUAUUUAUUAUCGUUGUUUAACAUCGCUAAACGACAAAGUCAAGGUAGCGGAUUUAGAGUACUGUAACAAAUAAUUUCAACAAGCUAGAUUAAUUUUACGCAUCCGCUGGUGGAUUGGAUAAUUAAUAUUUUUGGAUAAUGGAAAGUGAUAAAUCAGUAUUACGCUUUGAAUUAAAAAAUUUGUUGAUCAAGAUCAAUACGCGAAACACAUCCUGGUUGCUUGAGGUUUGUGUACAUACUAACAUUUUUUAAUUUAAUUAAUCCGAAUGAUAUACGAUAGAUGAUUUUUAAAUUUAUGAAUUACAUCCUAAAUGUGUUUUUAUACACGGAAUUAAUGACAAUAUGCACAAUUCGAGAAUCGUUCAUAUCUAAAGACAUGCUUUUUCAAUUUUUUAUACAAAAAAAUGUGUACAUUAAAGAAAUUUCCAUGUCCUUUAUUUACCGGACAAUAUAUAUUGUACAUAUGGUAAACAAGCUGCAUUAAGUAUUUAUAUAAAUUCAAGAGUAAUGAAUAAACAAUGUUGCAUUUGAUUUACAUAUAUUCUGUGCAAUUUUACAGAUUAAUUAUAAAUAACAUACGAAAGACUUGUAAUAUAGAAAAUAUUUGGU